CAGAUAAAUGUGGGAACGGAAUUGCAUCGUGAUGGCGCACCACGCUUCCAAUCCACAGUUAUUUCCUUCAGUUCUCUCCGAUAAACACUCUUUCCAUAGAUCGAUUUAUCCACUCACCAUUCAAUAUCUGAGGCAUAAUCCUGAGAACCGCGGGGCACGAUUCAGUCGCAUAUGCUGCGUGUCCGGUGAUGGUAGUCAAGUAUCCCGCCGACUAACACGAUUCGAUUGCCACUGUACGCAUUGUGAUUUUGGAAUUUGGAUAGCACGCAAGAAGUUUAUGUUCAGUGUUCACCAAGUCUGACCAAUUCAAUCCCACAGAAUUUGUGUAGCCCAAUGGCCAUUAAAGUUGACAGUGUCGGCCCAGUACUGGAAGGCCCAAAAGCCCAUUACAGUUGACAGCAGAUAAGCUCGUUUACUAUUUAAUUGUGAAAUGCAUUAAGCUGGUAUAAUACUAUGCAGAUUCAAGAAUCAACCCAAUAUUCAGGCACAGCUGUAGAUAUAUAAUUUUUUUUUUUUUAGCGGGAUGAAAAAUUAGGUCCAUUCAAUUAUUUAAAACUAAUGGCACCAACUUUUUAGGCCCUCGGCCUGUCAAGUUUAAUAAUGUCUUGGGCUUAAUUAUUGCAUUGGCUCAUCUUUUCUCUAUAAUAGGUCAAUUAAAUUUUAGCCUUAGGCCCUAAAUGCUGCUGACUCAAUGUUUUGCUAAGAUUUCUUUUGCUCGUUUCAUUUUGUUGGUUCGUAUGGUUUUUUCCGAUUCGGUUAGAGCUACCAGCACUGUUUAUGACUUGUAACUUACAUUCCUUGCUGUCUUACAAAGAAAGAAAACACAGUAGGACUAAUACACUCUUUCUUGUGACAUUUCAGAUUAAUUUUUAAGCAUGGCCCCUUAAUUAUUGCAUGACAUUAUUAUUAUUAUUAGAUGUCCCACUUAGUGUUCACAAGAAGAGGAAAGAAUCUUGAUUAAAAAUAAAGUAGGUUUCAUCGGCAUCUUCUUGGGCUGCUGCUGUGUUUGACCUCGGAGAGUUCAUCACGGGAAAAUGGAUACUGGAGGUUCCGAACAAUUUAAAUAAUCGAUGGUCAUCGAUAUUUGUGCUUGCAUUGAUGCAUUAACUAGACAUUUAUAAUAAUAGUAAUAAUAUACGUUAUGUUGCCUAUCUACAAGGGUAGAUCAGGCCGUCUUUAAUGGCAAGAACCACUGAACAUGAAUUUUGUCAUUGUGUAGUGAUGGAGGUGUUUCGAACCCAUAUCCUUCCAUGAUCCAUGUGAAUCCAACGAACUUGUUAGUACAUUGCUUUUAUUUGUUACAGUGGAGGAGGGCAUUAUUAGUGAAGCUUCAUGGGGCCAUUCAGGACUACGACUCAUCAUAUUAGAGAUUCAUCAAAGAAAGUAAGGACAAAAGAGCAAGGAAGAAAUAUCCUUUUGUUCGAAUCAAGCCCAUGUAAUAAUUGCAGGAGAGAGCCUUUGUUGAAGCAAAGUAACAUUGUGGCACUUUGAAUGCGCCUGCGCCUAAGCAAAAAGGCCUCAGCAUUGUAUUGUUGGUGGAUGCCCUCACUGCAAUUCAUCUUCUCACUCUUUAAGCAAACAUGGUUGAAGCAGAAGUUGCAACAUCAUGGAUAGAGCUCUCCCGGAAAGUGAUGACCAGUCAAAGCUCAAGCCGUUCUUUCCUGUGAAGCGGCCUGGGGUUCCGAUCAAUUCAAACCCCUCUAGAGCAUUCUCAUUGUGGGUCUCGAAAUCAGUCAAGUUCUUGAGAAAUAAAGCCAGAGUGCCGGAUAGGGUUUGCAGCAAAAGGUUUCGAUUUGAUGGGAUAAUGGUAGUGAAUAACUCUCUGUAUUGUGUUACUCCUAACUAUAUCGAGGCUAAAAUGGAGGCACUGGUGAAUGACAAUGGGGUUCUAGACAAGGAAAAACGAAAAUGCCCAAAUGUUAGGGAUUUGAUUGAAGAAGAAAGUGAAGAAAGCAGUUCCAGUUCUGAGUUUUUGGCGUCCGAGGUUACUUUGAAUUAUGACAUUAGUAGCUCUGAUUCAUCAUCAUCUCCUUCGAUGUUCUGGCCUCUGCACAACAGUAAAAUUCCAAGGUGCGAAAGCUACUUAGUUUCGGAAGAAAUUGAGAAGCCCCAUUCAGACAGGAGAAAAUUAGAGAAACAAGGAUCAUAUCAUUCAGAAACUGAGACAUUAAAGGAAAGAUUUUCAAAACUGCUACUUGGUGAGGACAUGUCUGGCUGUGGGAAUGGGGUUUGUUCUGCCUUGGCUAUAUCAAAUGCUAUCACCAAUCUCUAUGCUACAUUGUUUGGACAAGUUUGGAGAUUAGAGCCUCUACAGUCCGAGAAGAAGUUCAAGUGGAGAAGAGAAAUGCACUGCCUUCUCUGCGUUAGCGAUCACAUUGUUGAGCUGAUCCCUUCGUGGCAGACAUUCCCCGAUGGAAGCAAACUUGAGGUCAUGAUUUCCAGGCCUCGGUCGGAUCUGUACAUCAACCUUCCUGCAUUGCGAAAAUUAGACAACAUGCUACUUGAAAUAUUAGACAGCUUCGAGAAUUCAGAAUUCUGGUAUGUCGACCAAGGGAUAUUAGCCCCAGAAGGCGAUGGAUCAUCCUCCUUCCGGAAGCACCUUCCUGGUCAAGAAGACAAAUGGUGGCUUCCAGUCCCUCGAGUCCCACCUGGUGGGCUCAGUGAAGAUGCUAGAAGGAUGUUGCAACACAGGCGUGAUUCCACAAACCAAAUUCUUAAAGCUGCAAAGGCUAUCAAUAAUGCCUCUUUAGCAGAGAUGGAGAUUCCUGAUUCAUAUUUAGAAUCUCUUCCAAAGAAUGGAAAAGCAUGUCUGGGAGAUCUUAUCCAUCGAUACAUUAAUUCUGAACAAUUUUUGCCCGACUGUUUACUCGACUGCCUUGACCUGUCUUCGGAGCAUCAUGCUUUAGAGAUUGCUAACCGAGUGGAGGCCGCUACUUAUGUGUGGCGCCGAAGAACGAGUUCAAAAUCUCUGCGUAGAAUGCACAGAUCCAGCUCCAAGUCAUCGUGGGAUUUAGUUAAAGAUUUGGUUAGUGAUGCAGAUAAACGAGAAGUUCUUGCGGACAGGGCCGAGAGCCUUUUGCUUUGCUUGAAGCAACGCUUUCCAGGCCUACCUCAGACAACCUUAGACACAAGCAAAAUCCAAUACAACAAGGAUGUGGGGAAGUCCAUUUUAGAGAGUUAUUCGAGAGUUCUCGAGAGCCUGGCAUUCAACAUCGUAGCAAGGAUCGAUGAGCUGCUUUAUGUGGAUGACUUGUCCAUCCAUUCGGAUCAGCCUUUGUCGAUUUCCAAAGCCGGGAUUGUAAAGCAAGAGAGCACUGGAAUUACGGCAUUCUCCAGCACCCCGUAUAAGACAGCUUUUACGACUCCGAGCUUCUCACCUCUACAGCUGAUCAGUCCUGCUAAGGUAGAGAGGUCACCAUACAUGGAAAGCUGCAGUUAUUCCCUUGCGGCGAAAAGGGUAUUAAUGGAUCAACUGAAAACCGACGGUGAUGACGGGAAAGGGAAGGAGACCGUUAGUAGUAUGUGGAGAUCAGAUUCAUUGGCGCGAGAGAUAUCAUUCUCUCCAUCACGCGAAUCUUCGAGACGUUUGAAAUAGGUCAUCAGUUUGCAGUCAGUUGAGGAAAAUAAACUGAAGGGAUCAGUUGCAGUUGCUGUUGUAUUAAUAUUGUUAAGAUUGUUAAUAUACAAGAAAUAUCAUCGGUGUCACAUGUACAUGUGAUGUCUGCAGGGAAUAGCAUUAGUUGAUUUGAGAGCUAGCCACCAUGUAUGGAUGGAUGGAUUUAUUCUUUGCGUAAUGUGCUUAAUUGGGAUCGUGCCCAAAUUUUGGAGAUCAUAUCAAUAUGGAUGUAUUAUUUAUUAAAAAUAAAAAAAAAAUGAAAAUAAACAACAAAAUUUGAGGGGCCAACAAAUAUUACCAGAUUGAUUCCGAAAUGGUUUGAAUGUCAACCACCGAAGGCUGACACAGACAAAGUAGGAGGAAAUAAAUAUCUUACCGUCAAAAGAAGCAAGCAAACAUCCUAUGCUAUGCUAUGCUAUGCUAGUGGUCCUCAUUAGUCUGUCUGGUCAAAGUCUGUCUUUGUGAUUGAUUUUUUAUACGUUACAUACGAUACAUACUAGGAAUCUUGACUUUCUUUUUUUCUUUUUUCUCCAAGAUGGAUAGAUACCUCGAAUUUCUUUCAUCUUUGUGGUGUGUAGGAUGGGAUAGGGGUUCUGUUUGUAGAGGAUCAGUGCAGCAGCAGCAGGAGGAUAUCAGAUUCUGCCUGAAACAGACAUCUUUUCAUACACACCAAACAUUGCAAAA